GCCUCUAAAGCAGUAGUUUGUCAUAGCCAUGGUUUAAAGUGACCAUAGAGCCAUCCCACGUCUCAGUGUGCAGCUUGUCUUUAUGCUGGAAACAGGAAUCGGGUUGGUAGUGAAUCAUCUGAGAAAUGGCCACACGCCUCAGAUCGGGUGGUAAGAAAUGUGUGGUGAUCGGUGGGUCAGGAUUCUUGGGCCAGCACAUGGUGGAGCAGCUCCUGGAGAAGGGUUACACCGUCAACGUGUUUGACAUCCAGAAGAGAUUCGACAACGACAGAGUGCAGUUCUUCCUGGGAGACCUUUGUGACAAGGAGGCUUUGCUGCCAGCUUUACAAGGUGUGUCAGUGGCAUUUCACUGCGCGUCGCCAGCACCUUCAAGUGACAACAGGGAACUGUUUUAUAAGGUGAAUUUUAUAGGAACCAAAGCAGUCAUUGAAGCCUGCAAAGAAGCUGGAGUGCAGAAACUGGUGUUAACCAGCAGUGCCAGUGUCGUUUUUGAGGGCACAGACAUAAAAAAUGGAUCAGAAGACCUCCCUUAUGCAAAAAAACCUAUCGACUAUUACACAGAGACGAAGAUCCUCCAGGAGAAGGAAGUGCUCAGUGCAAAUGACCCAGGCAACAAUUUCUUCACUACUGCCAUCCGUCCCCAUGGAAUAUUUGGUCCUAGAGACCCCCAGCUGGUUCCCAUCCUCAUCCAGGCAGCCAAGAGCGGCAAAAUGAAGUUCAUAAUUGGGGAUGGAAAGAACCUGGUGGACUUCACCUACGUGGAAAAUGUGGUGCACGGCCACAUCUUGGCUGCAGAACAGCUUCGGGAGGGCUCUCCCCUGUGUGGGAAGGCAUUUCAUAUCACAAAUGACGAACCAAUUCCUUUCUGGGCUUUCAUGUCCCGUAUUUUGACUGGCUUGAACUACGACCCUCCCAAGUACCACAUUCCCUAUUGGCUGGCCUAUUACCUGGCCCUGUUCCUCUCCCUGCUGCUGUGGCUGCUGAGUCCCCUGCUCACCAUCAAGCCCACCUUCACCCCCAUGCGGGUGGCGUUAGCGGGAACGUUUCACUACUACAGCUGUGAGCGAGCCAAAAGAGACAUGGGCUACAGGCCAGUGGUGAGCUUGGAUGAAGCCAUAGCCAGGACUCUGCAGAGCUACCCCCACCUCCGCCGGGCCAAGGCCUGAGAAGUCCUAGAUGGAUUUUUUUUUUCUACUUGAUUUCCGUAAUUUCUUUGAUCUCUUAACGUGAACACUGAAGCAAAUUUCACUCACUCUCUGGAACAGGGAGUUUUCCCGAAGUCCCUCCUCCUCCUCACCAUUAUCGAGACAGUUUUAUCUGGGUUGAAAAUAAACUCCUGUAGGAGCUGCGCUCACAGUUCUUCUCUUUGAUGUGACUUCUUGUUUUGAAACAGCUGCUGAACCCUGUGGACUCUGAAUAAACACCCUGUUGUGCCCUCCUCAGCCCCAGCCCAGCACAUCAACAUUCCUUCAUCUCUCUCCACCCUGCUCCUCUGUUUUGUUGCUCGGGUGGUAACAGCCGCCUCUUCUCCUGGCUGCAGACUGGUUAAUGAGUACUUCUCCUGGCUGUGGUUUGGCUUUUUUUCUAUACAAGAGCCGUGAAGGAGAGGCUCGUGCCAAAAAGGAGUUCUGCCACCACCUCUUAAAUCAUCGAAGCUGAUUUUGUUAUUGCCUCCAUGAUUGGUGGGUGAUUUGACUUCUUCAUCAGGGGGAAAUGUGAGAAAAGGCUUGUCAGGCCUCUCUUUGUAAGGAAGCACCUGCCUUUCUUUUUGCAGGAGCCUGUUUCCAUUAAAAAAUAACCCAAAUAAAUCAAGAAGAGAUGA